GGGCGGUGCUCGGUGCUUCCUCAGUCUCUCCGGUGGUCAGCUGACCGUCGGCCGGUCUGCUGACUGUCAAACCCGAGAGUCGCACCGCGACCCGAACACCCGCACCGCCAGGCCGAGCCCGGUCUCUGAGUGCCCGCCAGCGGAGCUCUCGACCCGGACUGGUUCCUGCAGUCCUCCGCCGUCAGCCGGAGGCCGGAUCUUUGACCCAAACAGCCCGAGCUCGUCGCUCCGAGAACCGGACACUCUCUCUGGUCCCGGUCCGAGGCCGCCGGUCCGCUGGUAGAUCCUUCCUAGCCCGUGUGACCCCUUGGGCCGCCAUGGCCGUGCUGGAGGUCGCCAUGCAAGGGCUGGCCGUGUUCGGCUUCAUCCUGUUCCUGGUGCUGUGGCUGAUGCACUUCAUGUCCAUCAUCUAUGUGCGUCUCCAUCUCCACAGGAAGAGAUCAGAGGUGAAGCAGCCGUUUGUGCAGCUGGUUGGAGUUUCUCUGCUGAAGCCUCUGAAGGGCGUUGACCCGAACCUCAUCUCCAACCUGGAGACGUUUUUUACCCUGGACUACCCCAAGUACGAGAUCCUGCUGUGCGUUCAGGACCAGGACGAUCCGGCUGUUGACGUCUGUAAGAAGCUGUUGGGAAAAUACCCCAAUGUUGACGCUCGACUAUUCAUCGGGGGCAAGAAAGUUGGAAUCAACCCCAAGAUCAACAACCUGAUGCCAGGCUACGAGGCGGCCAAGUACGGCCUGGUGUGGAUCUGCGACAGCGGCAUCAGAGUGAAGCCGGACACUCUGACAGAUCUGACCAAUCAGAUGACGGAGAAGGUGGGGUUGGUCCAUGGGUUGCCGUACGUCGCUGACCGCCAAGGGUUCGCCGCCACUCUGGAGCAGGUGUACUUCGGGACGUCCCACCCUCGCUCCUACAUCUCGGCUAACGUGACGGGGAUAAAGUGCGUGACGGGGAUGUCGUGUCUGAUGAGGAAGGACGUGUUGGAUCAGGCCGGUGGAUUGGUGGCCUUCGCCCAGUACAUCGCCGAGGAUUACUUCAUGGCUAAAGCUAUCGCUGACAGAGGGUGGAAGUUCUCCAUGGCAACACAGGUGGCGCUGCAGAACUCUGGGUCGUACUCGAUUGGCCAGUUCCAGUCCCGCAUGAUCAGGUGGACCAAGCUGAGGAUCAACAUGCUUCCUGGGACCGUCCUGGAGCCCGUCUCUGAGUGCUUCCUGGCCAGCCUCAUCAUUGGCUGGGCCGCUCACUACGUCUUCAGGUGGGACAUGAUGGUGUUCUUCAUGUGUCACUGUCUGGCCUGGUUUCUGUUCGACUACGUCCAGCUGACUGGAGUUCAGGGCGGCCCGCUGUGCUUCUCCAAGCUGGACUUCGCCGUGGCCUGGUUCAUUCGGGAGUCGAUGGCGGUUCAGAUCUUCCUGUCGGCUCUGUGGGACCCAACGAUCAGCUGGAGAACCGGACGGUACCGGCUGCGCUGCGGAGGAACCGCCGAGGAGAUCCUGGACGUCUAGUUAUCGUGACAACAGGCCUCUCCUCAUCCACAGAGAGAGGCGGAGUCAGAGACUGAUGUUUGUUUUAUAUGAGACGAUACUGACGUAAGUGUGUGUGUGUGUGUGUGUGUGUGUGUAAGAGUGUGUUUUUAACUAUUUAUGUUUCUUUUGGUGCUAAAAAUAAAUGACGACAGAACAACCAAUGAGAGAGCAGGAGGGAAGACAGGAAAAAAAAACAAAAAAACCCAGAGUGUCGCAUCGCACUGAAUUAUCUGAUCUUUGAUCAGGAAGAAAGUCAGCCAAUAAGGAGGGAGGAGAAGCACAACUCUCCCACCUGGUUGGCUGAUUAAAACUUUUUUGGCUUCGUGUUUCUUAGAGUUUUGUUUGGAAGCAAACCAGAGAUGAACCAGCCGAUGUUUUUUCUGAACCAAACCAGAACAUUUCAACCUCCUUUAGCUCCACCCACGUCCCACCUGCACCUGCCACUCCCGUCGUCUUGUGUAAAUAUGUAAAUGAUGAGCCAGAAGGCGGUUCCUCCCUAGCUCGUGUUUGUUGUUUGCCAACAUCAUAAUUAGGUAAUGUGUGACAUGAGCUGGCAUUAGCUAAAGCUACCUAAUAUUUGUCGUUAGCUAGUUUAGGCUUACAACAAACAUUAGGUAGAUAAACAAUAGCUAAAUCUAAUGUCGUGUGCCAGCUAGCUGAAACUAAUGCUUGCUAAUGUCAAAUGCUAACUAACUAAAUCUAAUGUUUACUCAUGUAGAAAUCAAAUUUCUACUCAAAACCAAGCUAACGCUAAGUGAUUACAAACAUUAGCCAACAUUAGCCUAAACUAGCUAACAACAAACAUUAAGUAGCUUUAGCUAACGUUAGCUCAUGUCACACGUUAGCUAAUUUAAGAUAAUGUUGGCCAAUGACAAAUGCUAGCUAACCGAAACUAAUGUUUGCUAGUAUCAAAUGCUAGCUAGGUAAAGCUAAUGUUUUCUCACGUGGAAACCAAGCUAACGUUUACUGAUUGCUAUCGUUAAGUGAUUACAAAUGUUAGCCAACAUUAGGAAGAUGAGGUAGCUUGAGCUAAUUCUUGCUCAUGUCACAUGUUAGCUAAUUUCAGAUACUGUUAGCUAAUAACAAUAGUCUUUUUCACCUCCCAGAGAGAAGUCCAGCUGGUUUCUACAUGAGCUAACAUUGGUUCAAGCUAGCCAGCAUUUGAUACAAUCAAACAUUAGCUUUUGCUAGCAUUUGUUAUUAGACCACAGGAACUAACAUUAGCAAAAGCCACUUAGUGUUUGUUGUUAGCCCACAUUCUCCAGGUGUCUCCAGGUGAUUUUAGCUCUGCCCGCAUUUCCUCUGUGCCGUCGUCUCUUCUUCUGUAGUGGUUGAAUGGACUGACUGGAGCACCAGCGCCCCCUGCUGAUGGACACAAACUCAUUCAUGUUGGCUGGUCUUUAAUUUGGAGCCAAAGCAUGAAAACUGUUUUCUUUAAAUAAACAGCACCAGAAAAACCAGCGGUCUCAAACCAGAACGUGAUAAUCAGAAACAUAUUAUUUAGUAAAGCAUUUUCUUGUGACAUAACGUUCUAAAAGGACAAAAUGAUGAAUUAAUGUCAGAAGAUUUAACGUGGAAAUUAAUAAUUAAAUCUCUGUUAGCGUGUUAGCUUAGCAUUUAGCUCUACACAGCUAACUCAGGUCAAAUCCAGUUGAUUUUUCAAAGUAAAACAUUUGUUGUGAAAUUAAAAUUCUCUACUGCUUGCUUCCGUCGUUUCUGCCAAGAGAAAAAAUAAAACUACGAAUAAUUUUUUGUUGACUUUGCCAAAAAAGGAGCAAAAACAGUCUGCAGCCGUUUGAUUGGAUGAUUUAUUGAAAUAAAGAGCAUUUAGAAUGACCUGGAGAAAAUUUUACUAGUUCUGCAUGUCAGCAGUCGAUGGCAAGUUGAGUUGAGCCACUUUGAGGUUGAAAACAGUGGAGACAGUUGUUUUUUUUUCGUCGCCUAGUCUCAUUGUUGGAUUGUUUCGGAGUGAAUGGAGACAGGACGGCAGCUUGAACUACAAAAUCAUCCCAACUAUAAAAACAUUAGUGUUGCAGAGAACUGCCAUCUUUGUAGUUCCCAAACGGGUUGGCUGUUUUCAAAAGAACAAACAGAAAUCAGAGGAUUUUAAAUGUCAGCAGGAUCAAAAACCAUCUGCACAUUUAUUCUUCAUUCGUUUGAAAAAAUUAAAGCUACCUAAUAUUUGUUAGCUAGUUUUGGCUAAUGUCAGCUAAUGUUUAUAAUAACGUUAGCUUGGUUUUCAAUAGAAACCAACCAAAAAGAACCUCCCAGAGACAAGUCCAGCUGGUUUCUAUAUGAGUAAACAGCUAGCUAGUAGUUGACAUGAGUAAACAUUAGCUUUAGCUGGCUAGCAUAUGACAUUAGCAAACAUUAGUUUCACCUAUCUGGCAUUUGUUAUUUGCCAGCAUUAUCUUAAAUUAUCUAAUGUGUGACAUGAGCUAACAUUAGCUAAACUACCUAAUGUUUGUUGUUAGCUAGUUUAGGCUGAUGUUGGCUAAUGUUUGUAGCCAGUUAAGGUUAGCUUGGUUUUCAGUAUAAACCAGCUAGACUUCUCUCUGGGAGGUUCUUGAAAAAGAACCUCCCAGAGAGAAGCUAACGCUAACAGUUAAUGUUAGCGUUAGCUACUUAAUGCUUGCUAUUAGCUAACAAAGUCAGUAAAGUCGCCACAGAAAACAAAGAAAGGAAACAAAACCGGCCGAUGAAUCUUUGUUGAUAAAAAUGUUUUUUUAGUGAAUCCAGUAUUCUGAUGCAAAACGGUCGAAACAUUUCACCCGACGUCAAACACGGGACCAAAAAACAAGUCUGAACACUGUGUGUGUGUGUGUGUGUGUGUGUGUGUGUGUGUGUGUGUGUGUGUGUGUGUGUGUGUGUGUGUGUGUGUGUGUGUGUGUGUGUGUGUGUGUGUGUGUCCGUGUCCGUGUCCGAUCACGUUUCAUAAAGCUGUUCUGCUUCACUGUUAGCUGUUAGCGUAGCCACUUGGGGUUUGGUUGAUGACAUCAGCCGUUAUGUCGGACGAGCCCCCCAUCGUCGUCGUCCAGUCAGAUUAGUAGGAUUCUUAUUUGUUGUUUUUUUAAUGAAAUGAUCGGCUGGAGUCUGCAAACCAACCAGUCACAGUUGAGGAUUGUGUCAAUACAGGAACAAUAAAGUUUUAUCCUUUCAAUGCUGAA